CAUCCAGUGAGAUUGUUGAUACUCUAUCUGUGUCCGUGUUACUCAAAUUUAAAACUCAAUGUCUUUUCAUGAAACAAGAUCACGGAAAAGUUCAGACCCUUAUGCAGGUCAAUAUCCGCCACCGCCUCCUUUAAGCCAAGAAGAUUUAUCGAUUGAACACAACCGUCACCACGAGCCAUUUUAUUUGAUAGACCCAAGCUCACAUCAUUCAAUACCAACCACAGACCAUGAAAGACGUUCAUCUCAUCACGACACAAUUCACUCUCAUCAUACAGGAGGUGACUACGACGAUCCCGAUGCCGUAGAACUCAGAGAGUACCUUUACGCAGAAAGACAAGAGAAAUUACGAAAAAGACAACAGGAACAAUUACAAAAAGAACAACAGGAACAAGAAGAGCAAGAAAUAGAACCCGUAACACACCAACAGGAUAUGCCCUCACCCAUUUUACCUUCUCAUCCGCCGAUGUUUUAUAGUAACGCGCCUGCUCACAGUUUAUCAUCACCCAUACUACUGCCACCACAUAGAAUAUUCAAUCAACAUCUACCGCCUGCUCCUUUCCCUCAAUCCGGUCUUAUUCCGUCGCCCUUUGGCAUAUCCCCAUUUCAUCCUCCUCCUCCUCCGCCCCCACUCAUGCCAAUCAUGGGUGAUCAAGAAAAAUACAACUAUGUUCGCAAUGACGGAUGUUGCUGUGGUGUAUCAUUUUGCUCAUGUUUUUGGACUUUGUUGCUAUUCAUUCUUUUUUUAGCAGGCAUUGCAUUGAUCAUAAUCGCAACUAGAUAUGUGAGCGAUAUGUGUAAUAAUGAGUCUAUUUUAUGUGGAAAGACAAUGUAUAAUGGGUUUUUAUAUGGAGGUAUUGCUGUUGCUGGAUUGGCUGGAUUGAUUGUACUUUGGAGAAUUGUAAGAUGGUCUAGUCUUAGAUUUUACUGAAUAAAAAAAUA